ACAAGAUCCCCAAAACAAUUCCAGUAAACAGCCUGACGAUUGCUUUUAGUCGACUUAUAAGUGCGUUAGAGUUUACACGUUAUCGGCUGGUUGGCUCACUCACUGGCUGCUGAUACAAAACAUACGCACUAAGUACGCAACAGACGACAUAAACACAAAAGUCAAUCUGCAGCAAAAACAAAAACAUGGCAGUAGACUAUGUGUUAGAAGAUUUAAUGGGCAAACUAGGGGAAUUUGGACGCUAUCAAGCGUUUCAAUUCUUCCUCCAAGUAUUGUCCGCCCUAACUGCUGGUUUGCACAUGUUGACAUUGGUAACGGUUCAAGCUGUACCCGAACAUCGUUGUUUUAUCGAAGGCGUAGAUAACACAAGUUUCUCAUACGUCCCCUGGAAUUCUACGGACAUUUUAAACGCUAUACCAAAGAAAGAAAAUGGAGAAUUGGAUUCAUGCCAUAUGUACGAUGAUAAUAACAAUACAGUUGCUUGUACAUCGUACGUUUACGAUCGUACCUACUACGAAACAUCUCGUACGAUAGAUUGGGAUUUUGUAUGUGAUAGACGUUGGAUGGGUAGCAUUGUGCAGACGGUGUUUAUGUUGGGUGUUUUUACUGGAGCUGUAGUACUGGGCGGUUUGGCAGAUAAGGUGGGACGUAAAACGGUAUUUUGUUGGUCGGCUUUAUUGCAGCUCAUUAUAGGCGUCGCUGUAGCAUUUAUACCUGAAUACUUUUCGUAUAUGUUCGCUCGUUAUCUGCUGGGUAUAUUUGGAUCGGCUGGUGCCUAUAUAUGUGGUUUCGUUCUGACUAUGGAACUUGUUGGACCUAGUAAACGCACUGCAUGUGGUAUAGCUUUUCAGGCUGUAUUCGCCGGUGGCAUAAUGUUGGUUGCUGGAUGGGGAGCUUUAAUAAAGGAUCGUCAGUUUUUGCAAGUUGUUUACGGUUUGCACGGUGUUCUAUUCUUAGGCCACUGGUGGUUGUUAGAUGAAUCACCUCGUUGGCUAUGGAUGCAAGGACGCGCUGCAGAAGCUAUUGACAUUGUUUCCAAGGGCUUAAGAAUCAAUGGAUCUGGCAUUCCAGUCGACAAGCAAUAUUUCUUACAGAAAGCUAAGAGCCAACAAGCCACUGAGGAAAAGGCAAAUGCCGGUUUGGGCGAUCUAUUUAAAACUCCAAAUUUGCGCAUGAAAACAUUGAAUGUUUGCCUCUGCUGGUUCGCAAAUUCAUUAGUUUACUAUGGUCUCUCUUUGAGUGCUGGCAAACUCUACGGCAAUCCCUAUUUAAUUCUAUUCAUUAUGGGUUUGGUCGAGUUCCCCAGUUAUUUGACGAUUGUCUUAGUCUUAGAUCGUCUUGGAAGAAGACCAAUUACCAGUACGCUUAUGUUAGCCGGAGGCGUUUGUUGUAUGGUUGCUGCCUUCAUUGAACAAGGCAGCACAGUUUCAACUGGCAUUGUGAUGAUGGGCAAAUUGUUUAUUGCCGGCUCCUUUGGAGUAAUUUACAAUUAUUCCGCCGAAUUGUUCCCCACUGUUGUUCGUAACUCAGCUAUGGGCUUGGGAUCAAUGUGUGCCCGUUUGUCUGGCGCUCUAACACCCCUCAUUACUCUGUUGGAUUCAUUUGAUCCUAAAAUACCUGCCGUAUUAUUUGGUAUUAUUGCCUUGCUGUCAGGAUUUUGGGUAAUGUUCUUGCCAGAAACAAUGAAUCAACCAAUGCCAGAAUCCAUUGAAGAUGGUGAAAACUUUGGCAAAGGCGAUACAUGGUUUAGUCAAUGUGCUGGCAGAAAGUCAAGAAGACAUAGCGUAUAUCCAGAUGAUCCAGAACAGAUGGUACCUUUAAAAACCAUAGGAAAACAUUAAUUUCGACAAAUUAUUAAGUUAAAAAUAAAAUUAUACUCACAGCUCUAAACUCAAGCAAUAUCCGAAAUCUGUACACAACCAUGUACAAGAAGAAUAUGUGUGUAUGUACAAUGUAUUAUGCAUGCAUAUGUAUAUACAAAUGUAUGUGUUCUUAUUACAUUCCAAAUGUUAAAAAUUGUUAAUUGUUUAUUUUGUUUUUAUAAUAAAAUGUUGCUAAAUAUA